AUGUGUUUAAUCAUACACUUCACCAACAACAUUCCCACUAAAGCUAUUCAACUCACUCCAAUCCAGCACUCACCAUCAAAGAUGUUCUUCAGUUCGGGCCCCAAACUAGACCCCAUUCCUUUUCCCUACAAUUGCACCAGCAUCAAAUUCGACACGCUCAAACACAACUUUAACGGUGCAGACUUCACGUAUGCAACGUUCCCAGUUUCGACACCAUCAAACAGCAAGAACGGUGCAGAUAUAGCACCAAAGGCGCGUGUGCUGAUAGUGCAUGGUUUUGACGAGUACACACUGUUGUACAGUCGUUUAAUGGAUAAUUUACACCGUGUUGGAAUCGAGUCCUUUGUAUUCGAUCAAAGAGGGUCUGGUACAACGGCGGGGAAAGCAUUGAGGGGCCUGACUGAUGAAGCACACACGUUCCGGGAUCUCGACCACUUCAUUGAGUGGAAUCUCAAGGACAAGUCCGCGAACACACCCUUGUUUUUGUUUGGCCACUCAAUGGGCGGCGGAAUUGUGUUAAACUAUGGCUGCCACGGUACCUAUAAAAACCAGAUUGCCGGCAUUAUCUGCACGGGCCCGCUGGUCCUCUUGCAUCCGCAUUCUGCACCCUCGACCAUCGUGAGUGUGCUUUCGCCUCUCCUGGCACGGUUUUUGCCCCGGUUCCGCAUCGAUACGGGACUGGACUUGGACGCCACUACUUCAGACCCCCGAUACCGCGAGUUUUUGAGCCGGGACCCACUCACAGUCCCGCUCUAUGGCUCGCUGCGACAAAUUUACGAUUUUUUGGAGCGUGGGAAAAAACUAGCGCGCGACAAACAGUACGUAGCCAAGUUUCAAACACCUGUGCUUAUUUUCCACGGCCAGGACGACACCAUCAACGACCCUGUUGGCUCUCAAAAAUUCUUAAAACUGUGCACGGCACCCGACAAACAAUUGAUUCUCGUGCCUGAUGCACGUCAUUCGCUAUGUCUGGAGACAGAUGCGAUAUUCAGUGAAAUGUUAGCGAAAAUGCAAGAAUGGAUUAUUGAGCAUUCCACGCAGAGUCAAACGCAGCUUGCUCUUACGGGAUGUUUUACCUUCUUUGACUUAAAAUGA